AUGAGGAGUAUAGCUACUUGUUACAAUGAACAUGCUAUUAAGGUAUCCGAUUCAUAUUGUUCAGGUCCUUCAAGCAGAGCCUAUGUAACCCCAAAGCUGACUCCUUCAGUCCCAAAGGAAGUUACAUGCAUAUACAAAGCCAAGCUCUUGAACCAUAAGCAGCUUCUCAUCACUCUUACUUGGUACAACAGAAUUCUAGGCCAUGGACUCGUUGUCAAUGUAGAUGAGUACAAAACGAAUUCCUCCUCCUCCUCCUCCUCCUUCUCCUCCUCAUCCUCAUCUUGGGAGGAAUCAAAAUCAUCGUCGAGUUCGAGUUCCCAGAGACUGCAGAAGGAAAAGGGUAGCAGGACGUUCCAAUCCUGCAAUUUAAAGAUAGAAGUGUUUUGGGAUUUCUCCACUGCUGAUUAUGACAAUGGAGGACCAGAGCCAGCAAGUGGUUUCUAUGUAUUGGUCAUGGCAGACUCAGAGCUUGGUCUAAUCAUCGGUGACAAAAUUGAAGAAGUGCUGGACUUGAAGAAGUACAAGACUCUCAUAUCACAGCAGAAAUUCUCAUUGGUCUCCAGGAGUGAGCAUGUCUCUGGUAAUGCUGUGUAUUCAACCAAGGCUCAAUUCUGCGACUCAGGAAUAGCUCAUGACAUUCUGAUCAAGUGUGACAGAGACGACGAAGGAGGGUCCAAAGGCCCGGUGCUAACGGUUUCGAUUGACAAGAAGAAUAUUUUUCAGGUGAAGAGGUUGAAGUGGAAUUUCAGAGGGAACCAGGCAAUCUUUUUAGAUGGUUUGCUUGUGGACUUGAUGUGGGACAUUCAUGACUGGUUGUUCAACCCGAAAUCUGGGCGUGCUGUGUUCAUGUUCAGGACUAGGAGUGGAUUGGAUAGCAGGCUCUGGCUGGAAGAGAAGGUUCUUGAACACAAGGGACAGGACAGGCCUGAGUUUUCCUUGUUGAUAUGUGCCUGUAAGAACCCUGACUGA